AUGGUCACCAUAUCCGCCUCCAACGGCCAGGACGACGACAAGGACAAAACCCUUUACACUGGCUUGAGAGUCGCACGCACCGAUGGCAAGGGAUACGACAACCUCGACCACAACGCAUUAGACCCAAAGGAGGACCAGGAUAUCGCGCAGCUUGAACGGUGGGAGGUCAUCAUCGGUGGUCAUUUGCAGCAUCAGCUCGGCCUCCCAAGCAACAAGCAGUACAAGCUCGCCGCUCUUCCCAAGGGGUACGAACUACGAUGCGCCAUUAGAAAGGACGGCGGAAGAGACUACUACCUCUAUGGUCACCCGUCCGGUCGUAAGGCCGUUUAUCGGACUCCGGGUGACUUCGUGCUGCAUGCCCUCUUCCUGCUCAGCAACCACACCAACUACAGCCAAUGCUCCUGCGAUCUUUGCGGCAAGCUGGUUGAGUCUCAGAAGCUGAGGCAAGCCGAUCAACAACAUGCACAGAGGAUCCAACAGGUACUGGGACAAAAGCAAAGGCAGCAGCAACUUGAGCAGCAGCAGAGGCAGCAAGAGCAGCAACGAAAGGAACAGGAGCAGCAGCAAAUUCAACAGGUGCAACAGGCCCAACAGGCCCAGCAAAUCAUGCAACAAAAUCAACAGCAACAACACCAGCAACAAAACAACACCAGCAACAACACCAGCAACAGGCACAGCAGCAAGCUCAAGGCAACCUUCAGCGAAUUGGUUUGGUACAAGCAUCAGGCUUGGAGGCUCGGUGUCAUCCUGUCGAUCGCCCCCAAGAGGCAAACGCCAGGCCCUGUGCCAGAUGCGGCCUUCAACUUCUUGGUGGCACCCCUGGGCCACCGGACGCUGGGACAACAAAGCUUCUAUAUCGAUGCCAAGUCCAUGCGGCCGUUCCUCACGUUUAGUGUACCGGGGAUCGGCGAAAACUUCUCGAGCUUGGCAAACCGCACAUAUGACUCGAUCGACUGGCCGGCCUUCUCGGUCCAGUAUUGUCAGGGCCUGGGCCUCAGCGAUCCGAAUCAGCUGGAUAUUGCCAGGCAGACGGUCGGACUCGAAGCUUCGAAGUUGGCCGCCAAGUACAUCAACGAUUGCUACUCCACGUUCAACAGGAUCAACAAGUCGAACGUCAGUGGUUCCCAGGAUACCGCUUUCCAUGAAGGAGUUUAUCUCGGGGCUGAGAUGAUCCGUGUCGGAGAUCCUGUCCGGGUCGUUGGAGGUAACGCUGACAAUGGCCAUAACAAUGGUGGUGCUGAGGCGAACGCUGUCAUGCUCGUCUCGGAGAUUGCUACUGAUGCCCACGGGAUGAAUAUUCGGUUCAAGGGCAAUCUUUUCCAGACCGUCCGGUCUGUUCUGCCUAAUCCUAUGCCACCCAGUGUGAUCUCUCCCGAGUCCCUGGGUCCAGUCUUUCUUGAAGAGGUUAUGUCAAGGAACGGGAUCGAACAGCACAACAACGCGCAAUGGGGCUGGGCGUUGGUUGAGCAGGACGCGGUACGCACUGAGGUCGAUACACUGGGCCGUUUCUAUGUGACCCAUCGGUUGAUGAACAUCAUUGACCCUGCACGAUUCACGGCCUCGGUCCAGAAAGGGGUGGUGGAGGAUGCGCAUGCAUACCUGAACAAUCGAGCUCAUAGCGGGAGCGGCCGUUUCAAUGGCCCAAAACCGACACGCGCUGAUACGCUGGGACUGGCUGUGAAUGCGAUGUUUGACGCGCCGGAGGGGAUGGAUGAGAGCUUCUAG